AUGGGCUUCCCUCCAAUUUCGCGGGAAAUUCAACCGUGCGAACUCACAGCCUUUGGCGGUCGUCUCUGUCUCCUCGCCUUGUCGACAAUCGCUGCCCCCAUGACGCUAACUACAAAAAUCAGUCAAAUCGACCGCUCUGAAACUGUGCCCAGUGGGCCGCAACUGGGCCUUCCGAGGGAUGCUGACUAUUAUGAUAUCUUAUUUCGCCCCGCUUCAACUAUGUCCUCCGUCUCACCGACCACUGAGGACGCCGCCGUCGCAAAACAGCUCGAAGAGCAGCCGGCCGACUCCCGAGCGGCAGCGGGCGAGGAACAUGACCCAGCUCCCGCCACGCCCGCAAAGCGCGGCCGCGGCCGUCCCAAGGGCAGCAAAAACAAGAAGCCCGGCGAGGCGGUUUCGAUUGCCGCUCCUGCUGCUGGUUCGUCGACGACCCCUACAGGCGAACCGAGGAAGAAGCGUGGUCGGCCACCCAAACCGAAGACAGACGAGGAACAGAAGCCGAGACGUCCUCGCGGGAGACCACCGAAGAAUCCCAAGCCUCCAAAGGAGGACGAAGAGGAAGACGACGGGGAGGAAGGUGCACCAAAGAAGAAACGGGGCAAACCCGUAUCAACGUCAAAGGAGUAGUAGCCGCCAUUCUGCUCCGUCUCGUUUCUGCUCGUCGGCGAUACCUUGUUUCCCUGGACUCCGGACGCUCCAAGUUCCAGAUAUCUGUCCUCUAUUGUAUCAACUCCUCAUGACUCCCGCGAUGACCCACUACACUCUAUCGCUUCUCCCGAUUUCAGUCCUUCGCAACUCCUCUGCCCCUCGUUGUCUUGCGUAUUUCUAGCUGUCUAUUGGUUUUUCCCCUAUACACAGUCGUUAUGUCUCUGUUUCUAUUGUGAUGUUGCUUUCCCUUGAUCUAUCUGUAUUUGCGAACAUGUCUCCUCUAUACGAAUCUACGAGGCGAAUGCU